UCUGUGUCUAGCCUCGUGCAAAGGGAUUGGUAUUUUUUUAUUGCAAUGAGGUGACAUGACUAGGACGAGCUGGCUAGAGUAAAAUGAUUUGAUAAAUAGAGAAAGAUAGGCACAAUUUCCUUCACUGCUAAACUUCUGCUUGUAAGGAUCAGCUGGACUGGAGCACAUGCUGGAGGAACAGUCUGAAAGAGAUUGCAGGCCUCCUGCCCAUAUCUGAGCCUAGGAAUGGCCUCACCAAGAAGGAGACACUGGUCCACAUGCUGCGCUAUUUUGACUUUCUUCAGAGUAGGAUGAGGACCCCGCAGUGCCGCUUGCCUCCCCAAUGCAUCCCCAAGCAGGAACCUGACACAGGUUCUGAGAGUGAAGACAACACCCCCUUUGAGCCCUGUACUCCCCCUCACAAUCCAAAGGCCAAAUGCAAGUAUGUCUGCAGUCGUUCCCGCAAGAGACCUGCCCCCACCUCAGAAUUUAAGGCAGAGCUUCAGAUGAAAAGAAGGAGAUGGUACAAAGCUGUAGCUAAUGGAAAAUUAGUUGACCCAGAGGAGAAGGGUGUGUCUGUCCCCAUGUGGGGAGUGCAUUCUGAUUGGUCAGAGCAUUCUGAUUGGUCAGAACUCCAGUCUAGUGAUAGCCAUGGGGCGUGGCCUGUGUAUGACAGCGACUCCCAGCUGAGUUCCCUGGAUUCAGGCUUCAGUUUCAAUCAGCUGCUUCCCUUGAGCACGCUUCUGGAGGGGAGCAGUGGGACUCUGUGGACUCCAUCUCCAACACAGGUCAGGAUCACUUUUCCUGGAGGACCGCAUGCUUGGUGUCAUCCCACCCAUGGGAAAGAAAAGAAAGCCCUUCCUAAGCCCUGCUGCUACACCCCAAUGCCCCAUCCUGCUACCUGUGUUUAGGAUGGGAGACAGUCUGAACCUCAGCCCCUCCCUCACGUCCCCUGCCCGGGGCCUCAGCCACUGCCUGCUGCCUGAGGGAAAGGAGGAGCUCUACGUGCUAUUCGAGGAUGUUUGGGUCACCCCUAAAACAACCCACACGAAAGUGUCCCGCUUGCCCCGCCAUGACCCCACUGACUUGCUGUCGGAAGGUGAAGCUGUGGUGAGGCAUGAAGGAGUGGCAGUCCUCCCCGGGGGAGGAGGGGGACAUCACCUGGACCCCCAAGCAACAACUAGUCCCUCUGAAGUCGAAGACCAGCAGCGCAGCACGCCGGCGCAGUGGCAAAGCCUCCACCAGGGUUCACCCUCAAGUCCCUCCACCCCUAAAGAAGAAGAGUGUCAAUGGCUUUAUCAUGUUCUGCCGCAUCAACAGGAAGACCUAGCUCUGCACUCACCCUGGCACUCCGUCUACUGUGGUCACCAAGGAGCUGGCCAGGCUGUGGCACGUCAUGCCCAAGCAGGAGAGGCGUGUCUACUGGCACGUCGCUUCAGCCGCCAGCAGAACCGUAACGUGAGGAGUGAGCUGGUGGAGGGAGAGGGAGACCGGGAGGAAGAGGACUGUGUACCCACCCCCUCCACAUGCUGCUGGCCCAGAGAGACCUGUGUGCUGCAGCCAGAGGAGGCUCCUAGAGAAGCUACCUCCUGACACUGACCAUAUGCAUCUAGCAUUGGAUGUCCAUAUUUAUAUAUGUGUCCAUAUUCAAAUAAACUCUGUUUAUUUAAGUCUUA